GUUGGUAUUAUUUGGGAUAUGAGUGGAGGAGGGUCAUAGUCCUCACUGAGUUAGACUUGCCUGCUCCCUUGCAUCCUGUCUCUCCUGUUCUCCAGCAUGGUCUGUCUGUGGUUCCCUGGAGGCUCCUGGAUGGCAGCUCUGACAGUGAUAUUGAUGGUGCUGAGCCCUCCCCUCGCUUGGACCAGGAAAACCCAAUCACUUUUCCUGGAGACGGUUAAACACGAGUGCCAUUUCUCCAACGGGACGGAGCGGGUGCGGUUCCUGGACAGAUACUUCUAUAACCGGCAGGAGUACGUGCGCUUCGACAGUGACGUGGGGGAGUACCGGGCGGUGACCGAGCUGGGGCGGCCGAGCGCCGAGUACUGGAACGCGCAGAAGGACUUCCUGGAGCGGAAGCGGGCCGCGGUGGACGCGUACUGCAGACACAACUACGGGGUUAUUGACAGCUUCCUGGUGCAGCGGCGAGUUGAGCCCACAGUGACUGUGUACCCUGCAAAGACCCAGCCCCUGCAGCACCACAACCUCCUGGUCUGCUCUGUGAAUGGUUUCUAUCCAGGCCAGGUUGAAGUCAGAUGGUUCCGGAAUGGCCAGGAAGAGGAGGCUGGGGUCGUCUCCACAGGCCUGAUCCGUAAUGGAGACUGGACCUUCCAGACCCUGGUGAUGCUUGAAACAGUUCCUCAGAGUGGAGAGGUCUACACCUGCCAAGUGGAGCACCCAAGCCAGACCAGCCCUCUCACAGUGGAAUGGAGGGUACAGUCUGAAUCUGCACAGAGCAAGAUGCUGAGUGGAAUCGGGGGUUUUGUUCUGGGUCUGCUCUUCCUUGGGGUGGGGCUGUUCAUCCACUUUAGGAAUCAGAAAGGACAUGCUGGACUUCAGCCAACAGGACUCCUGAGCUGAAGUGACGAUGGUGACACUCAAGGAAGAACUUUCUGUCCCAGCUUCUUCACAGCAUGAAAAGGUUUUGUGCUUGGCUCUUAUUCUUCUGCCAAGAGUGCUUUCUUAGGCUCUGGUUUGCUCCUGCUUCAGUGACUCUGCAGAAAAUGUCCUCCCUGAUGGCUUCCUGAGCCUCUACCCUAUGUUGAUUGCAGUACCUAGUCAUUCUUUCCCAGUUGCAUUUGUAUUCAACCCUGAUGGCCUCCCUUGCAUGUGCACUCACCUUCUGCCCGCAUUUCUUCAUAAAGUUUUUCUCAAGUAAACAUGGAGUGAACAUCA